AUGCGCAUGCUCACCAUCAUAUACAACAGCAGGACCCCCCCACAACUGCCGUCCGAUCUACAUUCAUACGCCUCGCAACUGGAUCAAGUUGGCCUCACCGGAAGCCCCUGGGCACAAUCGCUGGAUGAGGAUACACAUCAAAUGUUCAAUCUGAAGACCAUGGGCCCUGGCUCCGAUUCGCUCUCGACCUCGCCCAAGAAUCAAGCCCAUCCCUUCCAAACCUCAAUCGACACAGACCUUCUUUGCUCAACACCCGCACCGCCACUUCUACACACCCCGCGCGGAACCCCAGAGAGCACCGGCAGCUCCACUACAAGAGGACCUGAUGGAGCCCAUGGACACACAGCAUUACAUCGCGCAGCACUAUACGGCCACGAGUCCGUAUUAGCAGUACUACUACAGGCCGGUGCCAAUCCCGCCCUACUCGACAGCACGGGCUUCACACCCCUACAUUUAGCCGCGCAACAAGGUCACGCAGGUGUAGUGCGACUGCUACUAUCUAGCUCCCCACCUCGAGAUCUAAUCAGCUGGGUUACCCGAAAGGGUGAGACAGCACUCCAUAUCGCCGUACAGGCUCAGCAGCCGGGGGUUGUGCGCGUCCUAAUUGAGCAUUCAGCCCGUGCUGUGAAUGAUCAGGAUUGGUGGGGUCGUACCGCGCUGCAUAUGGCCUGUGAGUCGAACCAGCAAGAACUAGUUGAGAUGUUGGUUCAUGCUGGGGCGCAGUUGGAUAUUCCAGAUUUUGAGGGGCAGACGAGGGUUUAUGAUGCUUGCAUAGGUGCUGUUCUAUAA